AUGCUUUUUCCUACGUUUGUCAUUCCUGGACCGACAUCCUUCCAAUCUUUGCGUACAGUUAAUAGUAGCGUAUGCAAUACUUUCUUCGAUGCCUGUCGUGAGUUACGUUUAUUGGAAGAUGAUAAUCAUUGGGAUCUCACGCUUGCAGAUGCAGCACUGAGCUCAUCGCCGCACCAAAUUCGUCAAUUAUUUCCAAUAAUAUUAACAACGUGUUUUCCAUCUGAAGCAUCUGCACUGUGGAACAAAUAUAAAGACUCAAUGAGUGAAGAUAUUUUGUAUCGUAUUAGAAUAACCAAUCAAAAUGUCAAUAUUGAAUUCUCCGCUGAGAUAUAUAAUGAGGCAUUAAUAUUUAUUGAAGACUUUUGUAUUCUGAUUUCAAACACGCCGCUCAUACAGUUUGGCAUGCCAGCGCCCAGCCGCCCAGCCGCCCAGCAGCAGAUGUUCAGCGUGAACAGCAAUUUGAUAUAA